CUCGUCGUGAUCACGAUUAAAAAUAAUCGUUUGUUUAGUGAAACCUCUCGUUCUAAUUAUGCGUGAUUAAAAGUUUUGAUAACUGUGACCUAAAUCACUGAAACUUUAGUGAUUUAAGUAAGCGUACUGUGAUUAGUGGCGUGAAAUCUGUGAUGUCCGAUUACAGUGUAUUAUUAUCUUAUCUUUACCUGGUUUGUUUAUCUUGUAGUGUUUAAACCUGUGCUUGUGCUUCUAGGAAAUAUACUAGUGAUCGAUACAGUACCUAUAAGUGUAUUAUAAGGCCUUAGGAAAGGGAAUAAUAGGAAAUAUGGAUAAUCUUAGGUUAUAUUUUGUGACAUGGAACGUGGCCACAAAGGCCCCUUCACAAGACAUUAAUGCGUUACUGGACUUCCCGUCUCAGUUCAACAAGAACAAGCCGCUGCCGGACUUUUACAUCCUAGGCCUACAAGAAGUAAAAUCCCAGCCUCAAAAUAUGGUAAUGGAUUCCCUCUUCACUGACCCAUGGACGUCCACCUUCAAUAAAGUCCUGUGCAGACAGGAAUACGUCAUAGCCAAGUCUAUAAGGCUCCAGGGCCUAUUACUGCUGGUGUAUACGCAGUUAAAGCAUAUUACUCAUUUAAGGGAUAUUGAAGCGCAAUAUACGAAAACUGGGCUGGGUGGAAUGUGGGGCAAUAAAGGAGCAAUCAGCGUCCGUUUCAACAUCUACGGGUGUUCAGUCUGUUUCGUCAACUGCCACCUGACUGCGCACGAGCAUUUGUUAGCGGACAGAGUGAAUGACUACAACACUAUUAUAAAAUACCACAAUUAUCAUGUGCAGGAGACUUCCAAUAUUUUGUAUCAUGACUACGUAUUCUGGAUAGGCGACCUAAACUUCCGCACAGACCACCCAACAGGCAGCAGUCCAACAUCAGAAGAAAUAGUCACAUUACUAAAGAAAGUCGAGAAAGACGUAUACACAAAUAUACUAAGGCACGACCAAUUGUUAGCUGUAAUGGAGAGUGAGGAAGCGUUUGCGGAAUUCAGUGAGCCAGAGAUCAAAUUCCCACCUACUUAUAAGUUUAAUACGGGGACUGAUGAGUAUGAUAUCAAACGGAAACCUUCCUGGACAGACAGGAUACUGUACAAAGUGAUUGCGAACAACUACGAGAACAUCACACUGCGAGCCGAUCUCAUAUCUUAUAACCACGUGCCUUUCUACACGCUGAGCGACCACAAGCCUGUGGUCGCUCAGUUUAAUAUUAAGAUUCGGCACGGCUUCAUUCGCUCGCUGAUCGAGCGCGAAUCGCCCAAGCCCCGAGCGAGCAUUCGCAUGAGGUCAGCUGUCAUGGCGCCCAUGACAUUGACAGUUGACGACAAUGCGGAAACGACAUCUGACGGGGUCGACGGAGCGAAAGUUGUUGCUGAUGUGUGUGACUCUAAUGAGACGUUCUCAAACUACACGGAGAAGACGAUAAAGUUCGUACUCAACAACCAGAAAUGGUACAUCGGGGACUCAGAAUAUAGGAUGGAGUGUAUCCUGUCUCAGGACGUCGAGAUUCAUCCUAACGACUGGAUCGGCAUUUACGAUGCAUCAUUCCACAACCUAGACGACUACAUAGCCUACGAAUACAUGGCCAAAGUGCAUCGACCAGAGAUCCAGCCGGUACAUGUGGCCCCGGGGACUAGGGUAGUGAUACUAAGUUUCCCUGUGGGCAGCGGAGUGAGGAUACCCGGGUUGUACCGGUUCAUAUACUUCAGUCAGCCGAACAAUGAUGUACGGAGCGUGUUAGGCGUCUCAACCCCCUUCGAAGCGAGCUUCAAACCCGAGAGCCCCCAAUGGGCCUCCACAAGCACCCCCUCCCCCAAACCCCCCACCACAACGGACGUGUUCACCGACUUCACGGGCCUCGACGUUGCGAACCUGUCGCGGCACUUCUCGCAUGAUCUCAGCAUCGACUGACUAAAGAGUUACCUGCCUGGCUCGCCGGCGAACGGACGGAAGGCGCCUUAAAGGUCACAAUGAAAGGUCUACAUAGGUUUACAUAUACAUUGAAUUGAUUCCUAGAAGAUAUAUAAAUAAAUAAAUAAUAUUAUAGGACAUUCUUACACAGAUCCACAGUAAGCUUAAAAAGGCUUGUGGUGUGGGUACUCAGACAACGAUAUACAUAAUCAUAGAUUAAAUAUAAGAAGAUCAUACUAUCCCAUACAUUAAAAUGCGAC